AUGGCCGUUAAUAGGCUGCGGUUGAUUGAGCAAAAAGAGACGGCUUUGGCCAAACAAGCCAGACGGGAGUCUAGGGAUUGUGAUCCCGGUCUCGAAGAGGCUGUUAAGACGAUAAUUUAUUCAGCGCAGAGGACUGAAGUCAAGGAGCUGCACCAAAUCCGUGAAAUUUUUGUUCAUAAAUUUGGUAAAGACUUUGCUCAAGAUUCGAUAGAUAAUUUGUCGAACUCAAUUCCAGAAAAGGUUACGAAGAGACUGUCUACGGUGCCUCCUAGCGAGGAGCUGGUGACUUUAUAUCUAGCGGAAAUUGCCCGAGCAUAUCAUGUGCCUUUUAGUGGUUUGCAACUUGAAGGAGAGGAUAUUACAGAACACGACGAGUCAGGGGACGAAGGACCUCCAUCUGGAAGAGUACCUGAAGAGGCAUUGAGUACCGGAGGAAGUCAGACGGCUAGAGUUAAAGUCCGACGGCUCUCUCAAGUUGACAAAUUGCCCAAUCCCAGUGCUCCAAAAUCUCCUGUGUCUGUCAGCACACCUGCACCAACGACCGACAAUCCUCAUCCUGUUUUAAGGGUAUCUACAUCUGGAGCAUCCCAGAAGGGGGCGAAUGGGAAAGCGAACUCAGCAGAUGAACAAGAACUUGAUGCUUUACGAAAUAGGUUCGAAGCUUUAAGACGUAGAUGA